CCUCUUAAAUUUUGGCCCACCUGUCCCCUCUCCCCCUCCCCUGGGUGUGCCAUCUUCUUCUCUUCUGGGUGACCUACCAAUAUUGAACUUGCAUCGGGUCACCUUAUACAUACCUUGUCUCUCCCCCCCGCGGUGGUUGUCUGCAGACCCCGUCUCUCUCGAUUCUCUUUCCUGGAAGGCUCUUAGGGUCUCUCUUCUUCUACUACUCCUGCACUCUAUCUACUGCAACACAUUUACCAUCCACAAUGGGAUCCCUUCAUGAGCAGACUCGCUCGAGCUACAUGCCAGCGUCGCGCCAGAGCCGCAUGGCCAUCGAUUCCCUGUUGAAUCCCUCAGCGGACAACGGGAUGGUCAGCUCUCCAUUGCACUAUGAUCACCGUGGCCGGCCACUGUCGCCGCAAUUACCUCCCAGCCCCAGCUCCUACUACUUCGCUUCCUACUCCGACAGUCACCACCCCUACGCCGAGAGCUCAGCCUCCUCGCAGGACCAGGCAUUCUUGCCAUACCGCCCCCGAUCCGCCGAGUCAUCACCUGACAUCUACUCGCGCGAUCGAUACGACUCGGUCUCCAGCAGCUCCAGCAACGCGCCGGAGCGGCGCCGGCCCCCUCGGCCCAAGUACGAGGAAGAGGAGAUGUACUUCAUCUGGUACCACCGCGUGGACCUCUGCCAGGAGUGGAAAGAGGUGCGCGAGAGUUUCAACCAGCAAUUCCCCAGCCGGCAGCGGCGCGGGUUCCAGGGAAUCCAAUGCAAAUUCUAUCGCUUCAUCAAAGAAAAGCAGUGUCCCACGCUGCGGGAGCAGCGACGCAUGCGGGACGGCGACUUCCUCCGUGAGGGAGCGGGUAUUACCGACUCGGCCUCUCCGCGAUUUGGCGUGAUAGAUUGGGCCGGGGUAUGGUAUCCAUGGAUGCGCGAGAACAAAGAACAAGUCCUGAGCCGACGGAUGUCGAGGUGAAAAAAAGGUUUCCAGCCCACCUUUCUUCUAAUGACCAACCAACCAAACCUUACCUCGUCAUCGAUGCCAUGCGCAUCUUUAAAAAUGUUUCCUCGCUUGAUUUGAUUUUUUUUUUUCAAAACCCGAUACAUCUC